AUGCGGCGACGCAUUCGAUGUGACCUCGGUCGUCCGGCUUGUUCGAAAUGCAUCAAGAAGGGCCUGAGCUGCCCCGGAUACGGGCGGCAUCUUCGCUGGGCUGAUGGAGUGGCGGUGCGAGGGAAACUCAAGGGUCGGAGACUGCCUGUGGCGGGCUCGAUGGCCAUGGAACUGGCGUUACCGACAAUCGAAGAGCCCGUUCCUCUUCCUCUUCCUCUCGCUGCUCCGGCGCUCGCUCCGGCACCCUCUCCUAUUUCUGGAGCCCUCCAGGUUAUGGGACAGACGGCUGUCAGCAUUAACAGGGCCAUUGAAAGCACCUCUGCAGGCACGGACUUGUUGAACUUUACGCAGUGGGCGUCUUCGCCGGAGAUCAUCGAAUACUACGACAAGUAUCUGGCGGGCCGGAUGGUAUGGAUCGACUCGGAUGAAAACGACUAUCGGCGGCGCAUGUUGCCCAUGGCUGCCAAUGCCCCAGGCCUUCGUUUUGCCAUUGCCGCCUUCUCUCUCUACCAUGGGCCCAUGAAGUUUCCGAGCCAGCUAGCCCGGUACCAUGAGGAGGCGAGAGACGCAUGUUUGGAAGUCCUCCAAAGGCAGCUUAGUGAAAUGAACUCCCGGGUUAUCGGCGGAGCGGAGCUUAAUACGCGAGCCGAUGUUGCCAACGCAGAAUGGAUGCUGGCCUGUAUCCUUGUGAUUGCGAAUUACGAAAUGGCAAAGAAUCACUCCGAGGCUGCUGAAGGCCAUCGACUUGCGGCAAGGAGAAUCGUCAACGUAUUUGGGCAGCACGAGGCGUGUACCAAGGGCCUGUUUGCGUUCUUGAGGAACCAGCUCGCAAUCCAUGAAGUGCUCGGCUCUUGCACGUCCUUCGACUUGGCCGAUGUCGCAGAAACCAUUCUUCCCACGCCAGGCUCCGGUAGCCAUGUGCUGUUCUCCGAGUACCUUUCUUUUCUGCAUCAAAUCACGCUGGCUUCGCGACGGUCCAUGGCCGUGAACGAGGCCAUUGACGUAUCGCUCUGGCCCGAGAGUUUUACCAUCAUCGAAGUACAAUCACGCUUCGAGCAGGCAAGAGGCCAGACACUGAUGAUUGCGGGGAAGCUGCAAAUAAACCCCCCGGUUGUGCGCCGUGACUUUAUAAGGCUGGUGGACAUAUACCACCACGCUGCCGUCGUUUAUGCGUACAGAUGCCUGGGCUACGCGAUUCCCAGUAAUUUCGAUUGGCUGGCUUCCGUUACCAAGCUGUUUGACCAGCUAGAUCAGAUUGAGAAUAUCUCUCUCUGCAUUCAAAACCUCCCGUGGCCGAUAUUCAUCGCGGGCACGGAGUGUCAUGGCGACACGGAAAGGCAGCACAAGGUCGCCACAAUUCUCGACAAGACCAUCAGAACGACGGGCUUUAAUCAAUACGAAACCAUCCGGAGCUUUUUAACCGCCUUUUGGAGUGGUACAGAGCCAAACUGGCUGCCGGUUGCACAACAGCUGCAAGCGAAUGGACUUAGAAUCCUUGUUGUGUAA